GCGGGGCGGGGCGCGGGGCAUGACGUGAGCGGCGGCGUGGCGGCGGCGGCCCCUUAUGCUGCGGCGCCCGCUGGCCGGGCUGGCGGCGGCCGCCCUGGGCCGAGGCCUUCCGGACGGGAUGUCAGGCCCCAGACCCGUGGUCCUGAGUGGCCCCUCGGGUGCCGGCAAGAGCACCCUGCUGAAGAGACUCCUGCAGGAGCAUGGCAGCAUCUUUGGCUUCAGCGUGUCCCACACCACGCGGGACCCGAGGCCUGGAGAGGAGAACGGGAAAGAUUACUACUUUGUGACUAGGGAGGUGAUGCAGCGCGACAUCGCGGCCGGCGACUUCAUAGAGCACGCGGAGUUCUCGGGGAACCUGUAUGGGACCAGCAAAGCGGCCGUGCGGGCUGUGCAGGCCAUGAACCGCAUCUGCGUGCUGGACGUGGACCUGCAGGGCGUGCGCAACAUCAAGAAGACGGACCUCCGUCCCAUCUACAUCUCCGUGCAGCCGCCCUCGCUGGACGUGCUGGAGCAGCGUCUGCGGCAGCGGAACACGGAGACAGAGGAGAGCCUGGCCAAGCGGCUGGCCGCUGCCCGGGCUGACAUGGAGAGCAGCAAGGAGCCCGGCCUGUUUGACCUGGUCAUCGUCAACGACAGCCUGGAGCAGGCCUACCAGGCCCUGAAGGAGGCUCUCUCUGAGGAGAUCAAGAAGGCUCAAGGCACUGGCUGCUGCUGAGGACACCGCUGGCCGUGUCCUCCCUGCGAGGAGACGACGUGUCGGGGGGCUGACCCCCACCUACCCCACCCCAUUUCAGGACACCCUCUGCC